UAUAUUUCAUUUUAUUGAAACAUUCAGAAAAUACUGGGAGUGAAGCCUGACUUCCAAUACCGUUCCCGUUGCUGGCAAUGAGCAUCUGAAAUAAUGACACUUUUGUCUUUAGUGCAUAUGCACUGUUUGUCUCCAGAACAGAAAACCAAAAGUUUAAAAACAAGAUAAUCUAGUCGAUUGUAAAACUCAUCGAGUCUUCAAAAUUAUUCAUCAGACGCUUCCUACUUUCCAACGCUUCGCUUUUUUCGAUUUGCAGACAGCUGUUGAACGCUGAUGCCACACAAACGGUUACAAUUGUUUACUUAAGCAAAAAAUGCCACCAGACUGACUCCAUCCUCAAAAUGCAGUCAUCUCGACGGGGGGAGGCAUCACACUAGGGGAGCCUUGCCACGGGCCAGACCAUAACCCUGAGGUGACACAGGGUAGACGCGCAAAACCACCGGCGCCAGGGCGUUUCCGCAGGGUUUCCCAAGAGUCAAACGCAGCGGCUCACGGUUUGCCACGUCCCCCAGGAGAAUGGUAGGCACAGAGAGAGAGGAAAUGUGGAGGGGGCACAAACCGCAAGGUGGAGAGAAAACGAACAAGCACCGAGUUGAUAGGGAUAGUCCCUGUUCCCCUGAGGGCCGACCCCGCGACUCCCGCUGGGCGGCCAGUUGCGCCGGGCGUCCCUGGGCCUCCCAGCGUCUUUCCCAGAGGUUAGUCUCCCCACUGCCGAAAGUGCGCUCGGUUCCGCUUUCCGGCCCCAGCCUCCUGGGCGCCCUCGCGCGGCUGCUAACGCGGAUCCCCGGCUGGGCGCGCUGACGUCAUCGUGCGUCGGCGUGAGCCCGGAUGGGGCGGCGGGCUUCAGGAGCGCCGGAGCUGAUCCGAGCCGAGGCGGCCGUAUCUCCUUGUCCGUACCGCUGCUUCCCGGCUCUGGGGAGGCCUCUAGGCUGCCGCGCAGCUUCCGUGUUUGCUGCGCCCGCACUGCGAUUUACAGCCCUGAAGAAUCUCCCUCUCCCUAUUUUCCCCCUGCAGUAAUAAAUCCCAUUAUGGAGGUCUCGAAGCUUUAUAAAGGGAUAUAGUUUGAAUUCUAUGGAGUGUAAUUUUGUGUAUGAAUUAUAUUUUUAAAACGUUGAAGAGUUUACAGAAAGAAGGCUAGUAGAGUUGAUUACUGAUACGUUAUGCUAAGCAGUACUUUUUUUGGUAAUACAGUGUUUUGUCAGGUGUUUCUGAUAACACUAGAAAGGACAAGUUGUGUCUUGUGAUAAAUUGAUUGAUGUUUACAGCAUGACUGAUAAUCACAGCUGAAUAGUCCUUAAAUGAUGAACAGAUUAUUUAGUUUUUAAAUGCAGUGUGAAAAGUGUGCUGUGGAAAUUUUAUGGCUAACUAAUUAAGUUUAUGGAGAAAAUACCUUCAGUUGAUCAAGAAUAAUAAAGUGGUAUACAAAGUUAGGAAGAAAGUCAACAUGAUGCUGCAGGAAAUGGAAACAAAUACAAAUGAUAUUUAACAAAGAUAGAAGAGUUUAUAGUUUGUGAACUUUAAGCCAAAUUCAUUUGACAUCAAACACUGUAACGGGCACAGGUUCAACGAAGCUUGUGGGUGUUGACUUCCCCAAAAGUUGUCAGCUGAAGUAAUGUAGCCUGCUUAUGUAAUUACUAUGGUGAUAAGCUGUGUGAACUUAGCCUUUAAGUAGUGUGACCAUAUGAAGAUUUUAAUUACUUUUGUUUAUUGGAAUAAAAUGAGAUUCUUUGGGGACAUCAUAUUAAAGUGCUUAUAGGGAAAGAAGCCUGCAUGUAAUUUUUUACCUUGUGGCAUAAUCAGUAAUUGAUCUGUUAUCCAGGCUUCAUAGCUUGUAACCAAAUAUAAAUAAAAGGUGUAAUUUAGGUAUUCUGUAGUUGCUUAGAAUUUUGAGAAUAUAAAUCUCUGUGAAAAAUCAAGGAGUUUCAACAUUUUCAAAAGUGAGUUCACCUUUUCAGGGCUUUGGGUUAGUAUUACUCAAGAUUAUGAACAAAUAGCACUUAGAUUACCUAAAAGAGUUACUACAACCCCAAAGACUUGUGUUCUAAGUAGUAUCUUGGUAAUUCAGAGAGAGACUCAUCCUACCUGAAUAUAAACUGAGAUAAAUCCAGUAAAGAAAGUGUAGUGAAUUCUACAUAAGAGUCUAUCAUUGAUUUCUUUUUGUGGUAAAAAUCUUAUUUUGUGUGAAGAAAUUUCAUGUGAAUGUUUUAGCUAUCAAACAGUACUGUCACCUACUCAUGCACAAAACUGCCUCCCAAAGACUUUUCCCAGGUCCCUCGUAUCAAAACAUUAAGAGUAUAAUGGAAGAUAGCACGAUCUUGUCAGAUUGGACAAACAGCAACAAACAAAAAAUGAAGUAUGACUUUUCCUGUGAACUCUACAGAAUGUCUACAUAUUCAACUUUCCCCGCCGGGGUUCCUGUCUCAGAAAGGAGUCUUGCUCGUGCUGGUUUUUAUUAUACUGGUGUGAAUGACAAGGUCAAAUGCUUCUGUUGUGGCCUGAUGCUGGAUAACUGGAAACUAGGAGACAGUCCUAUUGAAAAGCAUAAACAACUAUAUCCUAGCUGUAGCUUUAUUCAGAAUCUGGUUUCAGCUACUCUGGGAUCCACCUCUAAGAAUACUUCUCCAGUGAGAAACAGUUUUGCACAUUCAUUAUCUCCCACCUUGGAACAUAGUAGCUUGUUCAGUGGUUCUUACUCCAGCCUUUCACCAAACCCUCUUAAUUCUAGAGCAGUUGAAGACUUCUCUCCAUCGAGGACUAACCCCUACAGUUAUGCAAUGAGUACUGAAGAAGCCCGAUUUCUUACCUACCAUAUGUGGCCAUUAACUUUUUUGUCACCGUCAGAAUUGGCAAGAGCUGGUUUUUAUUAUAUAGGACCUGGAGAUAGGGUAGCCUGCUUUGCCUGUGGUGGGAAGCUCAGUAACUGGGAACCAAAGGAUGAUGCUAUGUCAGAACACCGGAGGCAUUUUCCCAACUGUCCAUUUUUGGAAAAUUCUCUAGAAACGCUGAGGUUUAGCAUUUCAAAUCUGAGCAUGCAGACACAUGCAGCUCGAAUGAGAACAUUUAUGUACUGGCCAUCCAAUGUUCCAGUUCAGCCUGAGCAGCUUGCAAGUGCUGGUUUUUAUUAUGUGGGUCGCAAUGAUGAUGUCAAAUGCUUUUGUUGUGAUGGCGGCUUGAGGUGUUGGGAAUCUGGAGAUGAUCCAUGGGUAGAACAUGCCAAGUGGUUUCCAAGGUGUGAGUUCUUGAUACGAAUGAAAGGUCAAGAGUUUGUUGAUGAGAUUCAAGGUAGAUAUCCUCAUCUUCUUGAACAGCUGUUGUCAACUUCGGAUACUACUGGAGAUGAAAAUGCUGACCCACCAAUUAUUCAUUUUGGACCUGGAGAAAGUUCUUCAGAAGAUGCCGUCAUGAUGAAUACACCUGUGGUUAAAUCUGCCUUGGAAAUGGGCUUUAGUAGAGACCUGGUAAAACAAACAGUUCAAAGUAAAAUCCUGACAACUGGAGAGAACUACAAAACAGUUAAUGAUAUUGUAUCAGCACUUCUUAAUGCUGAAGACGAAAAAAGAGAAGAGGAGAAGGAAAGACAAGCUGAAGAAAUGGCAUCAGCUCCAGGCCGGGCACGGUGGCUCACGCCUGUAAUCCCAGCACUUUGGGAGGCCGAGACGGGCGGAUCACAAGAUGAUUUGUCAUUAAUUCGGAAGAAUAGAAUGGCUCUCUUUCAACAGUUGACGUGUGUGCUUCCUAUUUUGGAUAAUCUUUUAAAGGCCAAUGUAAUUAAUAAACAGGAACAUGAUAUUAUUAAACAAAAAACACAGAUACCUUUACAAGCAAGAGAACUGAUUGAUACCGUUUUGGUUAAAGGAAAUGCUGCAGCCAACAUCUUCAAAAACUGUCUAAAAGAAAUUGACUCUACAUUGUAUAAGAACUUAUUUGUGGAUAAGAAUAUGAAGUAUAUUCCAACAGAAGAUGUUUCAGGUCUGUCACUGGAAGAACAAUUGAGGAGGUUGCAAGAAGAACGAACUUGUAAAGUGUGUAUGGACAAAGAAGUUUCUAUUGUAUUUAUUCCUUGUGGUCAUCUGGUAGUAUGCCAGGAAUGUGCCCCUUCUCUAAGAAAAUGCCCUAUUUGCAGGGGUAUAAUCAAGGGUACUGUUCGUACAUUUCUCUCUUAAAGAAAAAUAGGCUAUACUUUAACAUGUAUAAAAAAGUCUUUAAAAUAUUGUUGAACACUUGAAGCCAUCUGAAGUAAAAAGGGAAUUAUUUUUCAAUUAGUGACAUUCAUGUUCUAGUCUGCUUUGGUACUAAUAAUCUUGUUUCUGAAAAGAUGGUAUCAUAUAUUUAAUCUUAAUCUGUUUAUUUACAAGGGAAGAUUUAUGUUUGGUGAACUAUAUUGGUGUGUAUGUGUGGACCUAAGAGGAACUAAGGGAGUAGUGUCCCUGCUUGUUAUGUAUCAUUUCAGGAGUUACUGGAUUUGGUAUUCUUUCAGAAAGCUUUGAAUACUAAAUUACAGUGUAGAUUAAAAGAACUGGAAACCAGAAACUCUGGAGUUCAUCAGAGUUAAUGGUGCCGAAUUGUCUUUGGUGCUUUUCACUUGUGUUUUAAAAUAAGGAUUUUUCUCUCAUUUCUCCCCCUAGUUUGUGAGAAACAUCUCAAUAAAGUGCUUUAAAAAGA